AUGUCUUCUAAGAAGAGUUCUUACUUGGAUAGCAUCCACAUUUUGUUCAAAGUUAAGUCCACUGGGGACUACACUGUUGGAGCUGCUGGGAUGAUAUCGCUGCCUAAGUUACCAUUAGAGAAUUUAGUUCUUCUCGACAAAAUUCAUAGUCUAAUGGAUUCUAAGGCUGAGAUUAAAAUCAGGCUAGAGAACUUAAACGGCAAAAGACAAGUCCUUGUGGCCACAAUUCAUGAAUUUUCAAAAAAACCGACUGGCCGGUCGGAAAUGGAAAAACUUCGAACACAAAUGGAUGCUUCUGGUGAAAUAUCCAACAAAAUUGAAAAAGAGGAAAAGAAAAGGGCUGAUGAACAGGCAAAGAAAAAGGCUGAAGAAGAGGCAAAGAAAAAGGUUGAAGAACAAGCAAAGAAAAAGGCUAAUGAACAGACAAAGAAAAAGGCUGAAGAAGAGACAAAGAAAAAGGCUGAAGAACAAGCAAAGAAAAAGGCUGAAGAACAAGCAAAGAAAAAGGCUGAAGAACAGGAAAAGAAAGAGGAUGAAGAGCAGGCAAAGAAAGAGGCUGAAGAAGCAUCUUUAAAGAAAAAAGCUGAUACUGUAAAGAAUAAUUCUCAUAUGCCUGUUGCUAAAAAGAGACUAACUUAUUACAAUGAAGACCUUAAUGAAGAAAGUGAUGCCGAUACACAGAAAGAUUUGUUCGAGGAGUCAUCAGAUGAAAGUGAUCACGAAAACUCAACGGAUGGUUCAAAUGUCGCCGAUAGACAAAACAUAGAUGAUGAUGAGGAUAGUUUAUAUCAUAAACCGUCUUCUGGUGUUUCUGAAAGCAACACCCUUGCGUCCCUUAGUUCAUCGACCAUUUUAACAUCUUUGGAAAAUACGGCAGAAGAAAACUGUGGUUCCGUGUUAGUAAAUAACCAUUCAACACCCUCUCGUCAUCAGCAGAUGUUGGAUAUGAAAAACCGAAUCAGCGAUCUUGAGAGUGAAAAUGGUUUUCUUUACCACAAGGUGGAUGAAAAGGACGAGGAAAUUGAAUCCCUUAAAGCUGAUAUUCUUCAAUUACAGAGCAAAAAUCCAGAUAAUUUGGUUGAGAGAAUUACUGCUGCACUUUCGGGAGUUAAUGGAACGACGAGAGUUUCCGUGAACGAAGACAAUACUGCUGCCACUCAUAACGUCUCAAGACACUCAACGUCAAGGGAGCACGUAAUGGUACAACUAGUUCAAGGGCACAAUUUGAGAAUCGAGAAAUCUGAUCUGAAAUUUGCCAUUACUAUUGGAAGGCUAUCGAGCGGAAAUCUCCACCUAAUGGUCAACAAAAUUAUGGAAUCCAUUUACACCCGUGUGUUUAUGAGUAAUCACACGUUGACCGGAAUGGCCCCUAGGGCAAAGAAAGUCGGAAACACGCCGCCAACACCGGUUAAGCCUGAUUUUCCCAGGGAAGAUGUUUUAGCUAUAACUCGUAAGUUUUUUUUGGUUUAUCACAACCAAGUGAUCAAACCAAAGGAUGAGAGAGUUGCAAUACGCUCAAAAUUGUCGACCGAGAGUAGGGCCAUUCUGGCAAUCAACACAACGGAUUUGGAACCUGGCGUAAACACCAUAGAUGAAGCCAACGAAGAUUCUGCAAAUUAGUUAUUCCUAAAGUCACGAUUUCACGCGAUUUCACCAUAUCUAGGCAAAUAGAAUUUGCCUGUUAAGGUUUUUAAUUUUUAACCUAGCUCCCAUCACAAUCCAUGACUCAGUUAUUCAAUCAUUUUUUUAUCGGAUUGAUGGAUCUCUUAACUAUUUGUUGUUUCGAAACUGGGGUGUUCUUAUUUGGGGUGUUAUCUUAAUUAAUGUUUUAAAAAUUUGUCUUUC